GGAGUGUAUAAGGCCCCACCUAACUACGAGCUGGCUCUAUGGAGUUUCCCAUCUCCUCAAAAGUGCCUCUGGCCCCGCUAAAGCGUUGUGUUUCCAUGGUAGCUGAUACGAGUCAACAAUGAAGUCCGCUGUGAUAAGGGGGCCGCCUGACAUUUUAUAGCAACUCAACAACACAAAAGGGGAAAAGGCGAGCAAGUGCAUGGUUUAUAUUGCCGGUACAGAUGGUGGUGCCGGACGGCAAUUACUUUAGUAACAUUUCUGAAGGUACUUUUCAUAGAAGACGCGUAUCUUUUGGGGCGUUUUGCGAGGCAGAAGGAAGCACCAUUAUUGUGUGCCACACGGAACUUGGAGUUGAAGCGUAAGCUAAAUCAAUUAGCUGAACUAAAGUAACGUUAGCAACAAGUAACAACACAUCCACAUGAGACGGCGUUAUAAACGCACAGAAAAUGUUUAAAAACACAUUUCAAAGUGGAUUCCUAUCUAUAUUGUAUAGCAUUGGGAGCAAACCUCUUCAGAUAUGGGAUAAAAAGGUCAGGAACGGCCACAUAAAACGGAUUACAGACAAUGACAUCCAGUCGCUGGUGCUUGAAGUGGAGGGAACAAAUGUCAGCACAACCUACAUCACAUGUCCGGCAGACCCAAAGAAGACACUUGGCAUCAAACUACCUUUCUUGGUUAUGAUCAUCAAGAACUUGAAGAAGUAUUUCACCUUUGAAGUCCAGGUGUUGGAUGACAAGAAUGUGAGGAGGCGGUUCCGGGCCAGUAACUACCAGAGCACCACGCGGGUAAAACCCUUCAUCUGUACCAUGCCCAUGAGGCUGGACGAUGGCUGGAACCAGAUCCAGUUCAACCUGUCUGACUUCACACGGCGGGCCUACGGCACCAACUACAUCGAGACACUCCGUGUGCAGAUCCAUGCAAACUGCCGCAUCCGGAGAGUGUACUUCUCUGACCGACUGUACUCAGAGGAUGAGCUCCCUGCAGAGUUCAAACUGUAUUUACCCGUACAGAACAAAGCAAAGGUGAGCACAAAUAAUGUCAAUUUUAAGAUACAUUUUACAUUUUGUCUUAAUGUAGGCCUACAGCCAAUGUUUCCUAAAAUAAAUUUCCCGGCACGGAGCUAAUUUUAGGUCUGCUGAGCACCAACUUGAGCGAAAAUUCUGUGUCACCUCUGGCGCGCGUUUACUGUGAACACUGAGGCCUGCUUAAGUUAGUUUGCUACUGUGGCUAUUUUAUUAUAAUGUAGGACUACCAGAGUGGCCUAUCAUCAAAAGCAAUGGAGAAAAUGCAUCCCAUAACAUUUUAACAUGGAACUAUUGAAAUAGUGAAUAAUAGUUCCAUGAUACAGCCUACAUUUACAUUUAAGUCAUUUAGCAGACGCUCUUAUCCAGAGCGGCCUACAGUAGCAGUGUGAUGCUUAUUGGUUCUUAUUUAUACAGCACUGCCCCUUCAAGACAUAAGAAAGCUUUUACCUGACUUGCUUUUCAAAGAUGGCUAGAAAUGUACACAUUUUGUGCUUUUGUUGGAAGCCAUCACUCCUCCAUUGCUGACUAGCUAUAACUGUGCUACUAACUAGGAAAAAAUAUCUUGCUUUGAUCCCAAAACAAGCACAUCUAUUCACGACCGCUCGUGCCUGUCAAUGCAAUAGAAUCCAUCCGACGAUGCGCUCUGCCUAAAACUAAAUCUGACUGAGUCGUGCAUAGUUCAUUUUGUUUCCGUAUGUUGCAUUGAAAGGGGGCUAAUAUGUUGACUCGAACACAGAGAAACGUUGACAGUGACGUUCAGUUCAAUCUCGUGCGUCUUCGCGGGCUGGUAUUUCUUCUGGACAACAUGGAGGGAACAUUGACUACAGUCUGCACCCCAAAUAGCACCAAAUUCCCUUUAUAGUGCACUACUUUUGACCAGGGUCCAUAUGCAGCUCAAAGAAUGAUCUGUUGAAGAAAAGUACAAUAUGGAUUGCAGUUCUUGUAGCUAAUUGACAUGUUUGUCUUCUGUAUUUUUAUAGCAGUAGGGCAGCUGAAUCCAUUCUCCUCCUCCAUAUCUGCAGAUUGUCUGAAUUUGUUGUAAUGUUUGUUUUUCUUUCAUAUUUUGGAACCAUGUGAUUGUUUCCUAAAUUCUUGUUUCUCUGCACAAUAAACAUUGUUUAGCAUAAAAAUCAGCAAA